AUGGCUCGUACACAGAGAGAUCUAGAGGGAUGGGAGCUCAUAUUUCAUGACGACACCUCACAGACUGACGACCAGCCCCGCCGACGCUCCCGCCGCUCGGCGCCGAUAGUGCAAACAAUCACGUUGAAGCGCCACCAUCUCCCCACUGAAGUCAAUGUCGGCGAUUUCGUUAAGCUCUCCAGCGACGAAGUGGUGCUAGUAUCGGAAAUUCGCUUAGGUGGGUCGGAUUACUUGGAGGUAAACACCUUUUCCACCAUACCCCAACCAGAGGGCAAAUUCAUGUUAACCCCGGUCCAGGGCAAGCUAGAACACGUGCUGAGCAUCGUCCAGGUGGUUGAUAGCGUGCCUACGCAUGCCUACGACCCUGACGAAGAACACCAGGUGGAAUUGGACUGGGAACUGGCCAAGGCGAUGUUGAUUGCCAAUAAGAUUCGCUUUUCCGACUGGCUCAAGGAAGCGGUGCUUCCUCCCGAUAGUAGGCGUCCCAGUGCCGAACCGCUGACCCCGAGAAAGAGACAGAAACGAUCCAGGUACGUCGAGCUGCUGGACGAAGAAGUAAACGAGGAUCUGGGCGAUGACUAUGUGGCUGAUGUCCAGGUGAAACUCGAGCCGUCCGACGACGAAAUGCCUGAAAUGGAUGAUGAAGCGGAGGAAGAUAUCGAUGCAGAACUACUGGACGGGGGCGACGAUGGCAUUACCAACCCGUUUAAUCAGCCGUCGACGCCGAAACGGAAACCAGGGCGUCCCAGAGUGAAACCCCUGGAAAAAGACGAUGAGAACUUGAAGUUUAUGAAGGAUGUCCUCAACUCCCUGACUAAGAAAUCACGUAUCCGCAAUCUGCCUCAGAAAUCAGUCAAGAAUAAAGUGGACUUGUCCCAGUUAUCGCCGUCGAAAAAGAAGCUACUGGGACUCACUAUCAAUAAGACGUUGGACAAAACUUCUCAGGCAUUCAAAGACUUAAAAGCCAAGCUUGAAGCCGGCUCGGUAUUUGAGAUGGUGGUGGGGCGUGAAGAUGAAUUUAUGACAAUUAUGAUGAACGUCCAGGACGCCAUCUGGGCCGAGGAAGGGUGCUGCAUCUACGUCAGUGGUACUCCAGGUACGGGUAAAACUGCCACCAUCCGCCACGUGGUUGAGGCUCUUAAACAAGAAGUGGAGGCAGGCCAAGUGCCUCCAUUUGACUUCACUGAGAUCUGUGGGUUGCGUAUCAUUCUGGCGCCCUACGUCUACGAAUUGCUUUGGGAGUCGAUCAGUGGCUACAAGAUCCACCCCUCCAACGCCAGUACAUUAUUAGAUGAGCACUUCAAACAGGGGAGAGCUAAGCGUCCCAUGGUGGUGUUUUUGGAUGAGCUCGACCUGAUGGUGCUGAACCGCCAGGAAGUGUUGUAUAACUUGCUCAAUUGGCCCACCUACACCGGUUCCAAGCUCAUCGUCAUUGCCUCCGCCAACACCAUGGACUUACCUGAACGGAUGCUUGCCAAUAAAGUGUCGCUGAGAUUGGGGUUGCGAAGAAUCCAGUUCCCCGGGUACACUCACACUCAGCUUCAGGAUAUCUUUAAACACCGUCUCGAAUUGCUUGCCAAGGAAAUGAGUACUGACGGCGCUCGAGUAAUCGUCCAGCCUCAAGGGUUAGAGUUUGCUGCCCGUAAAGCUGCCAGUAUCGUUGGCGAUGCUCGGCGAGCGUUAGGUGUAGCUCGAAGAGCAGUAGAACUCUGCUAUGAAGAGCUCCAGCAGAAGAAGCAAGACACCUCGUUGAACGAACACCCGUUGACCAUUGCCCACAUUACUCGCGCUCUCGCCGACUACGACCUGGCGCUGAGUCCUCAACCAUACCUUACUUCGCUCCCCUACGCCUCCAAGCUUGUGAUGGCACUGAUGCUUGCGUGUAUGAAGCGGCUGGGCAAAGGCGAGACCACCAUGGGCCAAGUGGUGGAGGAGAUGAGAAACUCGGUGCUGAUUCUGGCGCACCCUCUGCACGAAUUUAAGGAGAUUGCGCUGAGUCUGAACUGGCAGGAACUUUUAUUCGGCGCCAAUAGUUUCUAUUUUGGUACCGAGUUUUCCCUGGACGUCAGAGUACGCCAAUUCAAUUACAUUGUGUCGGAACUAGCGGAGUCGGGCGUGGUAGUGAUGGAAAAUCGCGGCGGCGAACUCUACCGCAAAAUAAAGUUUAACUUCCCCAAGGAUGAGAUCGAGGCCGCCGUUAAGGACCUUACGAUGUGA